AUGUCGAUACAUAAAGCGGUUGUGUAUGAUAAGCCUGGUGAGAUUUCUACUCGCAUUAUUGAGGUGGAAACUCCUAAACCAGGACCAGGUGAGAUACUGGUGAACAUUACGCACUCCGGCAUCUGCCAUUCUGAUCUGAGUCUCAUGACCAACACUUGGAAGUUCCUACCUGAGCCCGUGAAAGCCGGACAGAUUGGAGGUCAUGAAGGGGUCGGUGUUGUCACUCAAUUGGGUCCAUCAUGUGAGAAUUCAGAUGUUAAAGUUGGUGACCGCGUCGGCAUCAAAUGGAUUGCCUCAGCCUGCGGUAACUGCGCCCCUUGUUUGUCAGGCGCCGACGGAAUCUGCCCAAAGGCAGAGAUAUCUGGUUUCACUUGCCCAGGCACAUUUCAGGAAUACGUUUUGGCGCCAGCUCACUAUGUUACUCCAAUUCCCAACGGAAUGGCAAGUGAGGUUGCUGCACCCCUGUUAUGUGGUGGAGUUACAGUCUACUCUGCCCUUAAGAAGAGCAAAGCACAGCCAGGAGAUUGGGUUGUCAUUGCUGGUGCUGGGGGCGGACUUGGUCAUUUGGGAAUUCAGCUCGGUAGCAGAGGAAUGGGAUUCAGAAUGAUUGGAUUGGAUGUGCCAUCGAAGGCAGAAUUUGUGAAGAGCUGUGGUGCAGAAGUGUUCAUUGAUAUUACGAAAUAUUCUGCCGAUCAUGGAGGCAAAGGCAUCGCUAAAGAGAUCCAGACUGUUACUGGUGGUGAUGGUGCAACGGCUGUAGUCGUCUGCAGCGCCAGUAAUGCUGCAUACGCGCAGGCAAUGGAUUAUCUCAAGUUCAAUGGAACUUUGGUCUGCGUCGGUGUCCCUGGAGAGGCAAAGCCGAUCGAAGGUGUCUGUCCUCACUUGAUGGUCGCCAAGCAGCUGAAUGUUGCUGGUAGCACAGUUGGCAAUCGCAGAGAUGCAAUUGAGACACUGGCUAUGGCACAAAGAAUCGUCGCAACGCCCUUCUCCAUCGGGAAGGACGUGACUGGAUGUAUCAAAACUCUCAGCAUGAUCCCCAUGUCCUCUUUGGCCACGCGGGAUCGGCUAUCUGGUUAG